UGCCCAUUGUUUACAGAUUCCAGCUAGAGUCUUGUACCUUCUGCUAUCUUCCAAAAAUGGCAUUUUCUAAAGAUUUUCUGGCUCUUUGUUUGUUGAUAGCACUAUCAAUCUCCAGCAUUGACAUGAGCCUGGCAGCUCGCCAUCUUUUGGACACACCGGCAGCUCCACCUCCAGCAUUAACACUGCCUACAAUUCCACCUCUGCCGAAGGCCACAUUGCCUCCAUUGCCCUCAGUGCCAACUUUGCCUAAGGCCACAUUACCGCCAUUGCCCUCGACUCCAUUGCCAACACUGCCGACGCAACCAACUCUUCCAAAGCCCACGCUGCCACCUUUGCCAAGCACCCAAAUCCCAUCUUUGCCACAACCUACAUUGCCCACCAUCCCCGCAACCCCUAAGGUUACACUGCCGCCAUUGCCAUCUACUCCUCUGCCCACAAUCCCCACCAUCCCAACAACAAUACCAACCAUUCCAUUCCCCUCCCCACCCCCAUCUAAAUGAGCUAAUAGCCCUUGAAAUGCCACGGUUACCGGUUAUUACCACCAGUUAGAAUGUUUCUUGGAUGUGUUUCAAGUCAGAUAUCGUGGGACCUGCCGUGGCACAAGUGCUUUUCUGCUGGACUUGAGUUAGUCCAUAUAUAUUUGUUUUAGU